CGUGUUAUACCUAUCUUUAAAAACAUCAGUUACACCGUAAAUUAGCUUUUAUUAAUUAUUAUUUGCUAGUCAACAAUAUGAUCGUUAAUAGUUUGUCGUAUGAAAACUUUCAUGUAGCUACAAACUUCUAUUCUACAUGCAGUGUCAUCGCAGAGGAAUUUUCAAGACUUUAUUGCAGUAAAGAAAAAGAUCUCUAUGGAGGAAUACUUGGGAGAACCUCUCAUCUGAUUAAAGAUUAUGAUGUGAACGUUAGAAAACAAGUGCUUCAAGAUUGUGAUAUUUUAUUACAUCUUAUUUGGGAGACUAUCAAUAUUGGGCACUGGAAAGAUGUUGACGUAUUUUGGAGGCAGCUCUAUCGAUCAAUUUGUUUUAUAAAAAGUGUUAAUCUUUCAUGGGAUGAUCGAAUCGCAGAGGCGAUACUGUCCUGUGACAUGGGAUUAAUCAUGGGAGCUCCUUUUGGGGAAGAACUCUUUGUUCAAGAACUUGCUGACUUCCUAAGCCAGCAUGUAAGUAUUGAUAGCCUGUGUGAAACCGAGCAUGAACCUGUUAGAAAGGCCGAAUUUCCCCUUCCUUUUUUGUCAAAUCAUAAGGAAAUUCCACAAGUCAAUGCACCAUCCUUAGAGAAAUUCAUCGAGCUCUUAAACCCUAGCACCCCAUUUAUCAUGAAAAAUGUCAUAGAUCAUUGGCCAGCUAUGAAAAAAUGGAAUCCAUCAUAUCUAAUACAGAAUCACGGUGAAAGAACUGUACCAAUCGAAAUUGGUUCAUCAUACACUAGCGAACAAUGGUCUCAGAAACUGUUGAAAUUAAAAGACUUCAUUAGAACCUAUAUGUUGACAAGCUCAAAUGAGGUCGCGUACCUGGCCCAAUAUGAACUAUUCAAUCACAUUACUAGAUUGAAAGAGGACAUCACCCCUCUUGAUUAUUGUGCUGUUUCUGAAUCUGAUGUCGUUACAAACUGUUGGUUUGGUCCAGAAGGAACCGUCUCCCCCCUGCAUCAUGAUCAUUAUCAGAAUCUAUUUUGUCAGGUUUAUGGAUACAAGCGCUUCAUAAUGUUUGAUAGUCAUGACAACAUGCACCCUCAUCAGCAUCACUUAUUAAAAAAUACAAGUCAAAUUGACGUUGAGUCUCCAAAUGCUCUACGAGAUUUCCCUGACCUUGCUGAUAAAACAGCUUGGAUUGCUGAUUUGGGACCGGGGGAUGUGUUGUAUCUUCCUCUACACUGGUGGCAUCAUGUCAGGUCACUGUCUGUCAGUUUCAGUGUCAGUUUGUGGUGGAAGAAAUGAGUUUUAAUUUCAGUUUUAUUAUGCGGUUUUUAAUUACCAAUUGUAUUUGAUAGAUUCAAUAUUAAUUAAUUUCAUUUUCUAAAUCUUUUUUU